CAUUUUGUACCGCAGAUUCAUCCUACAGGAUCCGUUAGGAGCAGUUUCCAUCAUUCGGUUGGGGUUUAAAACCAUUGUUCCGUACCAAACCGUAAAUCCCCAGAACCCGGUUCCCGUCAGUUUGUACGGUUCUGCCCUCUCCAGCAGCAUUAGCUCGGUGUCACUGGGGUUUUGAGGUGAAAUUAGAGGAAUAAUGUCGUCGGGAAGCCCUGAAUACUCCUCGUUCUUCGCAGUGAUGGGCGCAUCAGCAGCGAUGGUCUUCAGCGCGUUGGGCGCGGCGUAUGGCACGGCGAAGAGCGGCACGGGUAUCGCUGCCAUGUCCGUGAUGCGUCCGGAGCUGAUCAUGAAGUCCAUCAUUCCUGUGGUCAUGGCGGGAAUCAUCGCUAUAUACGGGCUGGUGGUGGCCGUCCUCAUCGCCAACAGCAUCUCAGACAAGAUCACGCUGUACAAGAGUUUCUUGCAUCUGGGUGCAGGUCUGAGCGUGGGUCUGAGUGGGCUGGCGGCUGGGUUCGCCAUCGGCAUCGUGGGAGACGCAGGAGUCCGUGGCACCGCUCAGCAGCCGCGCCUCUUCGUGGGCAUGAUCCUCAUUCUGAUCUUCGCUGAAGUUCUGGGUCUCUACGGCCUCAUCGUAGCCCUGAUUCUCUCAACCAAAUAAACUGGCAGUCAGCAUGUGGCGCUGCCGGACCGCAAGACGGGGCACGUGGAACAAAAAAAGUGGGAAGGGGGG